ACUUUAACGUCCCAUCAAGCCCGUAGUUGAAACCUUUUAUUUUUUCUUGCUCGUGUUGUGUUGUGUAUUUCAAUUUUCAAUUCUACUUGACUAAAACAUAUAAUUUCUUGAACACGCAAAAAGUCUGGAUCGGAUUAUGGCUUCAAGGAACAUGGACACCAACCAAAUUUCUGGACAAAUAGAAACUUCGACUGAAAAACGGGAGAGGAAAUUUUUAAGGAAAGCAAAAACAGCAUUCAAAUACAGUUCUUCUACUGAUGCUCUGUCAGGUGUAAAAGUACUGGACCUUACUCGUGUUUUGGCUGGUCCUUACUGUACACAAAUUCUUGGUGACUUAGGGGCAGAUAUUCUAAAAGUAGAACGUCUCAAGGUGGGUGAUGACACAAGAAGCUGGGGUCCCCCAUUUGUGGGUAAUACUAGCUGCUAUUUCAUCAGCAUCAAUCGCAAUAAGAAAAGUAUUUGCAUUGAUUUAAAAUCUAACAAUGGAAGGAAGAUCAUUCAAGAACUGGUACUGCAAAGUGAUGUUUUGGUAGAGAACUAUUUACCAGGUAAAAUGGAAGAGUAUGGCUUGGGAUAUGAAGAUUUGCAGAAAAUAAAUCCUCAACUUAUUUACUGCUCAAUCACUGGAUAUGGUAGCUCUGGCCCUUAUGCUUCCCGUCCUGGUUACGACGUUAUAGCUUCGUCCAUGGGAGGCCUGAUAUACGUGACGGGGCCAGAAGAUGGAGCACCGUGCAAAACGGGUGUAGCUUUAACAGACUUGGCAACGGGAUUAUACGCUCACGGGGCCAUCAUGGCAGCAUUGUUUCAACGACAGAAAACGGGAUGCGGGCAGCGAAUAUCUGCAAAUUUGCUGUCGACACAAGUUGCUUGUUUAGUAAACCUUGGCUCCAACUACCUAAUGGCUGGCCAAGAAGCUAAACGCUGGGGCACAGCACACGAAAGUAUUGUGCCUUACCAGGCAUUCGCUACCUCCGAUGGCUAUAUAACGAUUGGUGGAACCAACGAUCGUCAAUUUCGUGAGCUUUGCUCUAGGAUCAACCGUUCGCAUUUGUCCUCAGAUCCAAAAUAUCUGACGAAUGCCUUACGCGUCGAGCAUAGAAGAGAACUUGUUGAAGAACUUGGCAAAACCCUUUCAACAAAAACUAACGCAGAGUGGCUAGAAUCAUUUCGCGGUGCACAUUUUUCGUACGGACCCAUCAAUUCAUUGUCGGAAGUCUUUGCAGAUCCCCAAGUGCAACAUAAUGAUAUGGUUCAAGAAGUUGAUCAUCCUUCCGCCGGGACGUUGAAACUUGUCGGACCCCCAGUGAAGUUCAGCGGAACGGGCAACCGUAUUCGUCUUCCCCCACCAGAACUGGGCCAGCAUACCGAGUCCAUUCUUCAAGAACGAUUGGGUUACUCUUUAGCUCAUAUACAGCAACUCAGAGAUAGUGGCGUUGUAAAUUAGUUGCCGUAGUGAUUUGUAAAUUUUUGCGUUGGGAUCACAAUAAAUACUAAGGGUUACCCUA